GAAAAUCCAUUUGCAGGUUCCCUAUUUAGGCCAUUUUCUCCUACCAAAUAUAUUUCUAAGAUGACUCGAAGAUGUAUUUCAAAGUUUCUCUAAACAUGAGGCCACAUUGCUCUAAACAUGUCAUCUAUUGGAUAUGGCUACCCUGUGUGCUUCCCCAGAUCCUGCUAAAUUGUGGAUUAUAGACACAAAUUGCUUCUUGUACCACCUGUUGGAAACUCUAAAAUUACAGAUCACAUGUAUGCUUAUGUCAAUGAAAAGUAUGUUUUACCUCUGAUAAAAGUUACAGUCUCAGAACACAGUCUGUUCGUAACUACCAUUCAUGGUUCACAUGGACCAGAAAAUCAGUUGCAAACUAAGCAGUUUAGGGGUGCCCAUCAAAAUUAUGUGGUCAACUGUCCAGAAAUUCUCCAUUCUAAAGUGAACAGCUUCAAUAAGCCACCAACUGAAGGCAAAGCUAGGUCAUGUUCUCUUUUAGAUUUCUAAUUUAUCAAUUUGUUUAGAGAAGUUCUAAUGGGAAGUUCUAUCUAUGAGGGAAUGAAAAUGGUUAUUGUGUUUACAGAUUAGUGAAUCAAUCUGCACAUUUGGUUAAAUCAGAUAUUUUAUGACAAAUCAAAUUCUUCAAAUAUCAAAGGAUCAAACUUUGGAAUCCCUCCCUGUAGAAUCCAGAUGGUAUUUACAAAUUUUGCAAUUCUUUGCAGAUUCUACGUGUACAGAUUCAGAUCGCAAUUAGAACGCCACAGCCUUCGCUAUCAUUUUACGACAGACUCCACUCCUGGAGCUGGGAACCCAUCCUAUCAAGCUGUGGGUUACGUAGAUGAUAUACAGAUUUCAAGAUAUGACAGUAAGACCCGGAGAGUACAGCUUCUCCUGCCCUGGAUGGAGACAGAUAUAAAUCCUCGUCAUUGGGAGAAUCAGACCUGGAUUGCUCAGUAUUAUGAGGGAAGGCAGCAGGAGAUAACACGUGACAUAAUAAAACAUUUCAACAACACCAAAGAUCGAAAUAACGGGCUUGUUUUACAAGUUCGAUUUUGGUGCCAGAUGUCUGGAGAUGAGGAUGAUAACGUUAGCGGAUAUGAAGAGUUUGCGGCCAAUGGGGAUCAUUUUAUAGCGUUGGAUACAUUUAUGUCCAAGUAUGUUUCUCUGAAGCCUGAUGCGAAUAAGAUGACGGAUGCCUGGAACAGCCGCAAGUCCAGCGCUGAAAAGCAAAAGUGGUAUAUGGAGCAGGAGUGUAAGACAUGGUUCAAGGUCUACCUGGACUAUAUGAAAGAGAGCUUAAAGCCUGUACGUCCAGAAGUGAAGGUGUGGGAUCAUCAUCAAUCAGAGGAGAAGACGAGACUUCAUUGUUUGGCAUACGGUUUUCACCCCCCAGAUGUGGAUGUGAAGUGGGUGAGGAAUGGAAAGGACCAUAUUCCUUCAUAUGAAAUGACUCCAAUUCUCCCCCAUCCUGAUGGCACCUAUCAGAUCAGAGUCAGUGUGGAAGUGCCAACAAUGGAGGGAUACAACUACUCCUGUCAUGUGCACCACAGCAGUCUGGAUUAUGUUCUUAUUGUGACUCUGACAGAACAGGAUAUGCAAGAAUCAAAAACGGGAAAACAGUCCUCUGGGCUCACAGCACUGUAUAUUGUCAUUAUCGUUUUAAUUCUUUUGGUGAUUUGUGGUCUUGUGAUCAUUGUAAAGAAAUUCUAUUCAAGACGUGGACAGGCUGUAAAAACAGAAGAAGAGGGGAUGGAGGAAAGCGAUAGUUGACUAGCCCCGCUGCAAUUCUUUUUCUUUCAUGUAUACAUGUCAUCUUUAUUACCUAUUUAUAUCACUUAUAUCACAAUGCAUUCCUGUUCAAAGUACCAAAACAAAAAGGAAAGCUGCUAUUGGGUGUAAAGUACUGGUACCUAGAGGUGCGCAUGUCUGCAGCAGACUGCAAGUUCCCAUCGCUACACCUGAAUACCCAACUCUCCUGAUGGGGAAAGUUCUGACACUUCCAGUGCGAGAGAUUGUGGAAUUUCCUCCCAUGGGGUCAGGGAAGCUUCAGUACAACCAGGAAGAGCCGGAGCUUUGGCCAUCAGAAGAGUCGGGUGAUCAGACAUGAUGGUGGAGCAUUGCAGGCUUCUGCAAGCAUGUGCACCUCUAGGUGUCUGCACUUUACACCUGCAGCAGUGUAAAAAAAAA